UUCACAAGAAGCCUUAGAAGCAGGCAAAAGAAGGAGUGGCAGCUCACCUGUAGAAAACUUCGAUUUUAUCACUGAAAAUGUCUAACAGUCCGGAAUUCACCCAGGCAGCUACGGACGCCAAGAACCUGAAAUCAAAACCCACUGAUGCCGAGAUGCUGGAGUUGUAUGGGUUGUAUAAACAGGCAACUAUAGGAGAUGUGAACACAGACAGACCUGGGAUGUUAGACUUCACAGGGAAGGCAAAGUGGGAUGCCUGGAACGAAAGGAAAGGCUUGUCCAAGGAGGAUGCAGAGAAGAACUAUAUAGAUGUGGUCAAGAAACUGCAGGAAACAUAUGGCAUGAAGUAAAUGGUGAGUGACCUGUGCAGUGA